AUGUCUCCUACAGGGUUAAGUUUCGAAGAAUAUCUCGAAGUCAACAAGUUAUCGUUUGAGUGGGCAGAGAGCUAUGACACCAAAGACUGGACCCGACUUCAUGCUAUUUUAGCUCCUGAAUUAUCUAUUGACUACACAGAAGUUAUUGGCAAAAAGUGGUCAAAAAUGUCUGCUGAAGAGUUCGUGCAAGUGGCAGGAAGUAAACACUUUCUUGGUGACGCAAACAUCUACACCCAGCACUUACUAGGGUCAAGUUGUUAUGAGAAGCUCUCGGAUACAGAGAUAAAUGGAAAGUACCAGAUCCGUGCCGCACAUGUGCGAUACACAGAUCUUGAAACAAAAGAGGUGAAAGCCAAAGGGCAUGGGCAUGGUGUGGUUCACCAUUCUUACAAAAAGAUCGAUGGCCAGUGGAAACUCUCAGGUGUAAGACCACAAGUGAGAUGGACCGAACAUAACUUCGCGGAAGUUCCAGCUACACGUUUUAGAUUCUUCCACAUCUGUUCCUGCAGUCCGCGGGAAAAGUCAGUUGAUUGGGUUGGUCACGUCGCCUUGGGGCGUCAGUAUCUAGAAGAUAUUCUGGGUCUGCGACCCGGGGAUGUUCAGACAGCAAGCCUCAAUUCUUCUUGCGCCUAUACCUGCUGGAACGAAUAUCCCCAGGGCAUUUGUUCCUAG